GGUAACACACAAAAUUUUAUAAGAUGUCUAUCUUUAAUUUAUCUAUGGUUAUAUUUUCGUAUAUAAACAGUUUCUGUAUUAAUAAAAUUAUGUAUGUGAUUAAGAGAAUGCAACUGGAAAUGAAUAUUGAUUUAUUGAUUUAUUGAUUUUAUAAUUAGUAUACAUUGAUUUAAAUUAUAUAAUUUCUAUAGAUGAUUUUAAUUUUAUCUUAUUAACUUAUAAAAUUAAUAUAUAUAUAAUAAUAUAUGUACAUAAUAAUAAGUCGAUUUGACACUUUUUUUAAUAUAUUAGAAAAUAUGUCUACCAAAUAUUAUGCAGUAGCAAGAGGUCGUACACCUGGUAUUUACAAUACUUGGCUUGAAUGUAAAGAACAAGUCGACCAAUUUCCUCGACCUAUAUUUAGAAAGUUUCAUUCAAAAGAAGAAGCUGAAGAUUUUAUUAAACAAUGUACAAAAACAAAUAAAAAAGAAAACAAUAAAAAUUUAUCAUCUAUACUUGGGAAAAGAUUACAAAAUAAUCAAGAGACUAAUAAUAAAAAAUCAUUGAAAAAACAAAAACAGAUGAAUUUAGAAGAACAUUCAAAGAUUAUACAUAUUGAAAACAAGGAAAUAAGUGGAGAUUUCAACAUUGAUAAUGAUGGUUAUGUUAAUGUAUAUACAGAUGGUGCAUGUAGUUUAAAUGGACGUAAAAAUGCUCAAGCAGGUAUAGGUGUUUGGUUUGGCAAUAAUCAUCCUCUUAAUAUAUCAAAAGCAGUUGUUGGAAGAGCAACUAAUAAUAUGGCAGAAAUUCAAGCUGUAACAAUAGCAGCUAAACAAGCAAAAAAGGCAGGUAUUAAAAAUUUAAAAAUUAAUACAGAUUCACAAUUUCUUAUUUCUUGUAUAAAUAAUUGGAUGCCAAAAUGGAAACGUAAUGGAUGGAAAACUUUUAAUAAUAAACCUGUAAUAAAUAAAAUUGAGUUAUUAGAAAUGGAAAAUGCUUUAAAAUCUUUAAAUGUAAUCUGGAAUCAUGUUAAUGGUCAUGCUGGAAUUUAUGGUAAUGAAAUGGCUGAUAAAUUAGCACGAGCCGGAUGUUCAAAAUAUUAGAAAUACUUAUAUUAAAUAUGAUAUAAAGAAUUUCAAUCAAGAUCAGAAUCUAAAUUUUUGAAAAUUUGGAAAAGCUUUUAAAUUCUUGUUCAUAUAUUUUUUUAAUUAAUUUAAAUCUUAUUAAAAAAAUGAUAAAAAAGUAAAUAAUUAUUUAAAAGCAAAAAAUAAAAAUAAUAUGGCAAAAAAA